CGGAUUUUGUAAGCGUCCUCCCCCUGUCGCUGCUUGCAUGAAUUUCGUUCGUUGGCGUCUUCCCCCUUGCACAGUGUGUCUCUGCUCGCCGCGAUUGCGACAACGGUUCUGUGUCGACUGACCUGACGUUGAUGGCAGACCUAUACCGCAGGCUGCCUUUGCUGCUGCUCGUCGCUCUGCUGCUGCUCAUCGUUGUCGUCAUCCACAUCUAUUUCCUCGGUCGCGUUCCUGGAAGGAAACAGACGCAUCGAACGCCGAAGAGGUCGACGAAGAUGGAUAAGCUUCAGACCAAGACGAUGAUGUCGGUGGGAGGUGGGGGGUCCUCGCGUCAGCGUUGCAACAGUGCGGAAGGCGGCAAGCGGCCGUACGACCCGGCGCUGUACAGCCACCUGCCGUCCCACGAGAUUCCAUUGCCUCCGAGUGACGACGACGUCGACGACCCCAGAUCCUCAACGGUUCCUCUGGGUAGCGACUCGACGCAAGAUUGGAUGGGGAGCCAGGUGUACAGACACGCAUCGACGCCGACGUACACUGAUUUGCUGGAGGGCCGGACCCCCGCUGGUUACGACGCUGGACUCGUCGAUCUGAGCUUCGGUCUGAGCUUCGGUCUGAGGUCUAGGAGUGGCGAGGGCCUGACGCACACUGUUGUCGUGAACCCGGCUUCUGCCUCCAAACACACAUCGCCUUCCGUGAGGGCGGUUGGCCCUGCGGCUAGCCGUGGAUUCGUUUUGCCGAGGCGGGUGGCUUUGAGUACAGCAAGUGUGGCAGCGUCGAGGACGAAGACAGUUGGAUUGGCAGGCUGCCGAACGACGACGCCAGGCGGUGCAAUCGACAGAGAAGGGGACGACGACGAGCGCGACACCACGGAGGUUGUCGAUCGUCAGUUUUGGGAUGAUGAACGGCAACAAUUGCAUUCCACGAACACGGCCAGCAUAACGAGAGGGGUGGCGAGAAUCAGUGUGGGGGCCGAAGACGAAUUUGAGGACUGCGCUGGUGGAGGGGGCGAGGAGAUCGCUGCGGACGACGACGGUGAUGACAACGACGAAGACGACGACGGCGAGAUGGAGAUUCGUUCAGUAGGGAGGAAGCGCGGAGGGUCGACGGCGAGAACCAAGAUGGGGGUGACGAGUAGGAAGGCCGUCGACUGCGGAAAGAAAUGGGACAACCUGUACCAGCAGUUCAAAUCCGUGCACAAGUUCAUGGGAGAGUCCGGGAAGCCUAACUUCUUCACACUAACGCCGGGGGAGAGGAGGGAGCGGGGGUUCGACUUAAGGAUGGAUGAGCGCGUGUAUUCGGAGAUGAAGGCGAUGUCCGGGGGUGAUCACACUAUACACCCCACGAAUUUCGUGGACACAGGUGCGCUAGGAGGUGUUCAAUUGCCUGGCACGGUUCGUGGGCGAAACGAAUCCGGCGGUAGUGACGUAGGGGGGGGCGGUCAGAGCGACGAUCGCGGAUCGACGAGGGAUUCGUCGUUCUCCGGUGGUGGCGGUGGCGGGGCCGGCAAACGAAAGAAUGUCAGACAGCAGACCUUCGAGGCGAUGGCGGACGUCAUGAAGGAGCACGGGGCGCUGAUGUCAAUGACGGUGGACAGCGCGAGCAAGAGGCAGUGCUCGAUUUUGACGAGGCAAUGCGACAUUCUGGAGAGAGAGAUACAAGUGCAGAAGGAUCACUACGAGAAGGCUGACCAGGCGAACUUCAUGAUCCAAGCGCCGCAACUUUUUGCAUUCGGCAUGCACUUCUUUGUGGACGACAUGGCACCGCGCGGCGCUUCAGGGAAGGCGAAAAGAAACAGCGGAUCGGGCGACGGUGGGGAGACCCAAAAAGGCAGAGGGCACAUACCGAAGUCGAAAAGGUCGCGCUUUGAUCACGACAGCUCCGAACAUAGUGGGGAUUUGCACGGCGAGGAAGAGUCGAUGGUGGAUGCACAAGGGGCGGACGUCAUGAAGCGAUUGGGGUUUGGGCGGGACGGGGUGUCGAGGGAUCAGCUGGCCGCUCUGAAGCAAGGCUUGGUCGGUGGUGUCGCCGUCUCGUUGGCACGAACCCCGAAGUCGGCAGGGAUUGUCAUGACGGACGCGCACGUGGCGAGACAAGUUCCGCCAAAGGUCGGGCAUGUGGCGCCUUGUCAGCCAAUCCCAGCGCUACAGGCGGGGACUUUAGGGGUGGAAAAAACACCGUCCGCGCAAAAGGUCGACACGACGGCGCGCGGUGGUCGGACGGCGGCGGCGGAUAACACUACUGGGAGCGGAGUCGCGGAGGAUUCGGUGAUGGUGAAGAAUGGGGUUAAAGAGGAUGAUCUCGAAGAGAGGUCAAAGUUGUGGAUCGACUGCGACGCAUUCUGGGGUCAGGGACCGGGGAAGCCAUUGAGGGAGGCGGUAGGUGAUUGCACGGACUACUUCGUCGCCAUCGCCAACGGGGAUGCAGGAGCGGAACCGCCUUCGAUGCUGGUAAUGUCGCCGAAUGAUGUGCCGCGCUUCAAGAUCGACCACCCUGCGCAAUGUGAACCGGCUCUGCGCAGAGUGCGCAACGUGGAGAAAGUGGUGUUGCGUGCCAUCUACGGCAGGAUCUUCAAAUCGUCGUCGAGGUCGACAAGCUUCGCUCCUGCAGAAUCGUACGUGACAGUGGACUUCGCAACAGACGUCGCGCAAGCAGUCUGGCAGGCUUUAGAAUGGUCGAAAGUCGUUUCCCCUGCCCUUGUCUACCACACGCUGGUGAUGAAGAUGGACGUGCCUCUGUGGUUUGUUGGAGUGAAGUUUGUGGAUAGGCCCGAAGACGACGACAUGGCGGCGCGGCAGGAGGCGACAGUUCUGCGCCUGGCAGACUGCUGGACAAAUGCAGUUUGGUGCGGGCAAUGGGCAGACGGUGGCCGCGUGAAACAGGAUAGGUUGACGCGCCUUGCAGAUUGUCUUCGAGUUCUGUUGAGCGCGUGCAUGUGGAUCAUGCGGAUGGGCGGUGAUGACGACCGCUCGCACUACGAGGCAUCAUUCUACGCGUCCAUGGUCGCCAAACCAACACUCAUAGUGGCGGGCUCCUGCAUCGUCAACUAGCGGCGGCACAUCGUUGACACCGCCAACCUCGUCUUAGAUCGUUUGGGGAAGGCCCACCUCACGCUAGGAGAUUACCCGCA